AUGAACUUCCUUUUCCUUCUUUCGUUGAUUUCCUUCGUCGCUGCUUUUGACGUGCCAGACUUCUUCUUCAAACGUGCCGACACGACAAGUAAGACGUCUUCCACUAUCGUUUACGUCACGUUGACUACUGGUGGAAAAGUCAUCACCACGUCAUCAGCUUACUCGCAAUCGUUCAAAACUACUUAUUCCGAUCCAACCGCCUCUGUACCCGAAGGAAGUGCUGGCUUGGGCCUGCAAACUGGUGAAGUCGGCGGUGUCAGGUCUUACGAACAAACCACGAUAAGUAACAACGGUCAUCCAGGUAUGUAUGCUGGUGUUGUUGGCUGGGUCGCUGUAGCCGUGGGCUACCUUCUUUAG